CACACUUGCAGAGUUGAUGCCCUUAUAAAGAGCCCCCACACAGGCUCCUCUCACUUCCUGCCCUGCACACCCAGCAGCGCUCAGCCGCGUGGAGCCCCAGCUGUUAGCAAACAGCAGGCAGAAAGCGACCCGCGGAGCCAGGGCUGGCGGGAGAAGUCGCUCGACCCCCCCUCCCUGGCCUGGGAGCACGGAGCGCCCCCCCCCGAGCCCGCUCCCUCCCCCCCGGAGGACCCCCAGGCCAGACUGGCCCCUGCGACCAGCUCGUCUGACCUCCAGCUGCCCCGGGCGCGCUUGUGCUUGAACGACUGAGAGCAGGUGGGUGAGCCAGUGGCCCCUGCGGAGCCAGGAUGGUGCUGACGUUGCAGCAGGCGUACCGCCGGCGGUGGUGGAUGGCAUGUACCGCUGUGGUGGAAAACCUUUUCUUUUCCGCCGUGCUGCUGGGCUGGGGCUCCCUGCUCAUCAUGCUCAAACACGAGGGCUUCUACUCCCACAUGUGCACAGUUGCAGCUUCGCUGUCUCCUGCGCUCUGAUGGCCCUGGCAGCCUCCCACCCCCCAGUUCUCUCCCCAGUGAUUUUCCUCGGCCUGUCCCUGAAUGGCUUCGGGGGCAUCUGCUUGACUUUCACCUCGCUGACACUGCCUAACAUGUUUGGGAACCUGCGCUCCACCUUCAUGGCACUGAUGAUCGGCUCCUAUGCCUCCUCGGCUGUCACCUUCCCUGCAGUCAAGCUGAUUUACGACGCCGGAGUCUCCUUCAUCGCUAUCAUGCUGACCUGGUCGGGCCUGGCCUGCCUCAUCUUCCUCAACUGCCUGGUCAACUGGCCCAAGGAGUCCUUCCCGGCACCCGAGGAAACCAACUACACGUGCCUGGGGCAGGGGGGGGCCGGGCUGCAGGAGGGCAAGGAGCUUUGCCCGUCCAUGCAGGACCUGUGCCAUGGGGCCACGAUGCCGUCUGAGCGCUCCAUCCCCUUCCGUCGCAGCGUCUGCUCCCCCAUCUUCCUCUGGAGCCUGAUCACCAUGGGCAUGACCCAGCUGCGUGUCAUCUUCUACAUGGCCGCCAUGAACAAGAUGCUGGAGUUCCAGGUGACGGGCGGCGGCCAGCACGUGCCAGAGCAGCUGAUGGAGGAGGCCGAGAGCACAGUGGGGUUCUACGCCUCCAUCUUCGGGGUCAUGCAGCUGCUCUGCCUCGUCACCUGCCCCUUCAUCGGCUACGUGAUGGACUGGCGCAUGAAGGACUGCGUGGACGGGCCCGUGGGCGCGGGCGCCGCUGCAGCAGCGGGGACCGGGGCUGAGAAGUCGCCCGCCAGGCCCCGUUACCGCAAGAUCCAGAAGCUCACCAACGCCAUCCGGGCCUUCACCUUCACCAACCUGCUGCUGGUCGGCUUCGGGGUCACCUGCCUCAUCAACAACCUACCUCUGCAGUUUUUGACCUUUGUCCUGCACACCAUGGUGCGAGGCUUUUUCCACUCCGCCUGCGGGAGUCUCUACGCUGCUGUGUACCCAUCCGGUCACUUCGGCACGCUGACCGGCCUGCAGUCGCUGAUCAGUGCCGUCUUCGCGCUGCUGCAGCAGCCGCUUUUCAUGGCUGUGGUGGGGCCCCUGGACGGUGACCCCUUCUGGGUCAAUUUCGGCCUCCUGAUCUUCUCUCUCCUGGGCUUCCUGCUUCCCUUCUACCUCUGCUACUUCCGGCGGGCCCUGCUCCGGGACCAGGCGGCGCCGGCAGACACCCCGGAUCUGGUGGAGGGCGCCCAAGUCAAACUCCAAGCCGGCGUGGCCCUCAAUGGCAUGCUGAGCGCUGACGACACUGCGGCAUAGGGGGGGUUGGGGAACGGGGAGGGAUGGGGAGCGUGGGUGACAUAGAACAAAAUGCCAGAUCCGCUCAUCAGCCGAUUGCCGAACAGAUGGGAUGAGACACUAAGAGCAGGAAAAAGAAACACUUGUAGGUUUCAAUACGCGGGAGCCAUGGAAAUAGCCGAGCUGCGACGAAUUUCUAAUAGUUUUUAUAUAUAUCGAGAGAGAGAGAGAGAUCUAUAUAUUUUUGCAGGGAACUCUAUAAAGCUCUAGGGCUGUAAAUAGCUAACCAAAGAUUGGGGUGCACGCCCAAGCCCCAAAUCAGGAUACACCCUUCCCCUAAGUAUCUCCCCUUUGGGAAGGGUGCUGGGCCAAGUCCCGUCAUCAUAAUAAUUUCUUGCACUUACCUAGCCACUCAUCUGUCAAACAGUGGCGGGGGGCCCAUGUUAUAGAUGGGGAAAGUGCCUCGCUGCCAAAUCCUGGGUUUGAAUCAUGACGCCCCCCUCCUUUCCCUGCCUGACGGACACUGUGUUAGCAGAUAGGUGAAUUCUCAAAGGUUUCUCUCCCUGCUAGGACGUCCUUCAUUGGCCAACAUGGGCUGUCGAUAAAGUUUCCUUUAAAAUGGGUUCAACCCAAAUGAAAGGAAGUGUUUCCUCGCACAUGCACAGUCAACCUGUGGAACUCCCUGCCACAGGAUGUUGUGAAAGUCAAGACUAUAACAAAUCUUAAAAAAAACCAGAUAAGUUGAUGGAGGUUAGGUCCUUCAAUGAGAAUUAGUCAGGAUGAAUAGGGAUGAUGGCCCUAGCCUCUGUUUGCCAGAAGCUGGAAAUGGAUGACAGGCGAGGGAUCACUUGAUGAUUCCCUGUUCUGUUCGUUCGCUCUGGGGCAUCUGGCAU